AUGGAGGAGAAUAUAAAGAAGAAGAAGAGCAAGAAAAAAGAUUCUAAGAAGGACGUGAAGGUCAAAGAGGAGAAGACUACUGAGGGGACUGUGGGGGCUGAUGAGAAGGUGAAUGAUGUAAAGAAAGAUGAUGUGGUUGUGGGGGAUGAUGUUGCUAAGGUGGAGGAUGAUGAGAAGGUGGGGGAUGAUGAGAAGGUGAAUGAUGUAAAGAAAGAUGAUGUGGCUGUGGGGGAUGAUGUUGCUAAGGUGGAGGAUGAUGAGAAGGUGGAUGACGUAAAGGUGGAUGAUGAGAAGGUGGAAGAUGAUGUAAAGGUGGAGGACGAUGAGAAGCUAGAUGAUGUGGCUAAGGCGGAUGAUGUGGAGGAUGAUCUGAAAGUGAAGGUGAAUGAUCUGAAAGUGAAGGUGAAGGAUGAGGAGAGUGUGGGUGUGGAUGUGAAGGAUUUAUACAAUACUCCUCCUAAAGCGAAUUUUGGGAGGAGAGUGAGGAAGCCGAAAAAAGAUGAAUCGUACAUCAACCCUUCUUUGUCAAAAAUGCCAAAGACAAAUGAUCCGAUGAAAAUCAAUCCCCUUCAAAAGUUUGAAGAUGAGCUGCUGGAUAAAGUAAAAGAUUGGUUGAUGAUCCAAAAACAAAUGAUGCGAAAAGGAUGUAUCGACUUGCGAAGUGGGGAAGGAUAUGAAAUGGAUGCAUUCUGCUACCUUUUGCGAAAAAGGAUUGCAGAAUAUCCCAAGACGUAUAAAAAGUCUAAAGUCGGAAUAGGGGACUGCCUUUUGACCGAUAGAAUCAGGCGAGAGUACAAGAAAUUUAGUAAAGAUAUUGCAAAUUAUCCGGUCGAUGAAUUCAAAGACUACUACAUGUGUGCACCUCAUAGAAACAUGCCUGAAUGGUCAGAAAUCGACGAUAUUUACUUGCCCGUCAAUAUAAACCAGAAGCAUUGGAUUCUGUGUGUUGCACGUCUUCAGAAGUAUCGAAUUGACGUCUAUGACUGCGAUGCAUAUCUUUAUAAGAACCUGGAUCCUUUUUUGAAACCGUUGUGCGAGAUGAUUCCACAAAUAUUUGCACACUCAAUAACUGACGGUGAGAGGAAAAAGUAUCCUGACUUCAACUUCAGAGACCCCAUUAAACCCAUGACAUACAAAAGGUUCCCACACCCCAAAGUCAAAACCGCAGUAGCGAAGAUAGGAGAGGUCCCAAGAGAAUCCGAAAGUGGGGACUGCGGUGUAUUCACGUUGAUGUACAUGGAAUAUCUGACUGCUAACCUAGGAGUGCAGAAUGUGACAUCAGAUAACAUGGGGUUUUUUAGACAGAAGAUGGCGGUUAGGUUAUUCCAUCAAGUUAUCGAACCUUAG